AUGUUUGCGAUUGUAACUAUAGCAGGUCAGCAGUUUAAGGUUCGUGGAGGCCAGGAGCUGUUCGUUCACCGUCUUGCCGGUAAUGUUGGUGAUAAGGUGGAGUUUUCCGAAGUGCUGAUGACCAGCAACGAUAAUGGUGUUUCUCUUGGUGGUAAUGUAACCGUAUCUGCCGAGAUCCUAGAUCACCUGAAAGGCGAUAAAGUAAUCGUCUUUAAGAAAAAACGCCGUAAGGGAUACCAGAAGAGCAAUGGUCACCGCCAGUGCCUGACACGUAUCAAGAUCCACGGAAUUGCUUAA